AUGAGCACCGUGCGUACUCAUCUUGAGGACGCCAUGACCGACGUGGAAUUCGUCCCGCCAGGCGCCACGAUGCUGGCCCAGCCCAUGGACGUGGCCGUGAUGGCUGGCUUCAAGCGCGAGUGUCGUGAGCUGUACGCCCACCAGCACUGCGACAGCGACCACAGCACAACCCCCCGAGAGCGGCGUAAGUUUAUCACGUCGAUAGUAGUGAAAGCGUGGGAGUCCAUUUCUGAUGUUACCAUUAGGAGAGGUUUUAUGAAAGCCGGCCUUGUUCCGAUCGGCCCUCGCACUAGUGAUGGCCGUUUCACUGUUACGAAGCCACCAGCAGCCCAACUUAAGGCUAAGACUACCAAAUAA